GAAAUGUAAGAAAUGGUCGACAGAAAGCAACAGAGGAGUUUUCAUACUUUGAAAAAGUGGUCCCAGUGAUCAGAACAAGACGGAGUGCCAGAGACGCCGUGACUUGGGCUGAGAAUCAGCAUCUGGAUGAAGUAGAAGUAGUAGUAGAAGCAUUUAAUAAAACAUUUACACUAGACCUUAAACUUAAUAAAAAUUUAUUUGGAGAUAAGUUUGUAGAAAAACAUACAACAAAUGGAAAACCAGUAGUAAGAAGAUACAAAGAUCAUAAAAACCAUCACUGUUUUUAUCAUGGGAAGAUCAGACAUGAAGAGGAAUCUCUAAUAGCACUAAGUACCUGUGAUGGGUUAAGUGGGUUAUUUCAAGAUGGUACAGAGCAGUAUUAUAUUCAGCCAGUAGCUGGUUCUACAGGCUUUCAUCAUCAUGUAUUUAGAGCAUCAGAUAGACAUGAGCAGCAUCUGAGAUGUGGUACUGGUGACCAUGCCCAUGAUUUUCCUUCAUUUUACCACAGUUCACUUAACUCUAAACACUUACACAGGCUUCGCAGAGCCAUCAGGGGUCCCUAUAACAGUGGUAAAAAGACCAGAUAUGUGGAAUUAUUCUUAGUUAGUGAUCACAGACAGUUUGACAUGCAUGGAAAAAAUGUUGCAAAAGUAAUCCAGAGGAGUAAAGAAAUUGGCAACAUUGUCAGUGCUUUAUACAAUGAGCUAGACAUCUAUGUGGCAUUGGUAGGAGUGGAGGUGUGGGACAGUGGGGAUAAGAUUAUAGUAGAUCAGGAUGCUGAUGUAACCCUCAACAACUUUCUCUCCUAUAGAAAAACAUUUCUCAACCCCCACUUUCCCAAUGAUAACGGCCAACUUAUCACAGGUGGUGUAUUUGCAAACAGAAUUCUGGGGAAAGCAUCUCAGACUCCUAUGUGUUCCUUCCGGUAUUCAGGGGGUGUUGUUAGGGAUCACAGCGAGCUCCCUGGUCCAGUAGGCACCACAGUAGCCCAUGAGAUGGGACACAACUUUGGCAUGACACAUGAUAACCUGAGUGUGUGUAAAUGUCCAGAACAGAGGUGCAUCAUGGCUGCAACCACAGGGAGUGGUAACCCUACCAAGUGGUCAUCUUGCUCCAAAAAAGAGCUGCAGGAAGCAUUUGACAUAGGAAUGGACUACUGCUUGAGGAACAAGCCUACCAGGCUGUUUGGUAGCCCAACCUGUGGCAAUGGUUUUGUAGAGGAUGGCGAACAGUGUGACUGUGGCUUACCUGAGGAAUGUAAAAACAAGUGUUGUAAUGCCAGCAGCUGUACUCUGAUGACCAAUGCCACCUGUGCUACAGGUACCUGCUGUAACCUACAGACCUGCCAGAUGAAACCUAUGGCCACAGAGUGUCGGCCAGUGGCUGGAGAGUGUGAUCUGCCAGAGUUCUGUUCUGGGAAUUCAGAGGACUGCCCAGCAGAUGUUUUUGUACAGAAUGGCCGUAGUUGUAAAAGUGGACAAUCCUACUGCUACCAGGGCAAGUGUACUACCCAUGAUGCCCAAUGUAAGCUGCUGUGGGGGAGCACUGGGCAGGUGUCGCCACCAGUCUGCUAUACUAGGCUGAACACGAGAGGAAGUGAGUUUGGCAACUGUGGCUACAGCUGGAUCCAUGACAAUUACACUGCUUGCAAACAGGA